AGACUUAUUUCCGCAUACGUUUUUUACGUAACCACGCGGGCUUCACCAUCUUCCUGAAUUAUUACCGAAUUAACGAUCUGAAACCUUGACACAGGACGUCAAUCACUACUUUACGGCACUAAAACAUCAUUCUUCAAAUGUUCAUGUCCGGUUAAACUCGUCUCGGUGCGCGUUGAAGCUUCUCGGCCUAACUUAGCUUGGCCUAGCUUAGUUUGCUAGCCGCUAACAAAGAGACGCGUUUGUGAGCCACAACAUCGCUAAGCAGAGAUCAAGUGUGAGCGAAAAGGUGUUGUGAUUGUCGCGUGAAAAUGUGUACAAGAAGGACGGCAGAUUACGAGGAAGAACUUUGUGGAGCAAAAGAGGAGCUGGGGCGACAACGUCAACAACCGGGCGCUGAUCUCAAGCUUCAGCAGCCUCGAGGAGCAGCAGAUGUCAGUGGGGAUCGUAAUCCUGAAUGGCAGGAGCCAGAGCGCCGCCACAUUAAGGAGGAGGUGGAGGACGAAGAGCCCCAGUUCGUGAAAGAAGAGGAGACGGACUCCGCCCACAUUAAAGAGGAGGAAGAGUUCCCGCACAUUCAAGAGGAGGUGGAUACCACCAAGUUGCCAUUGACUGGUGUCUCUUUGAAGAGUGAAGAUGAAGGUCAAAGUGAGGACGAUUGGGGCGUGGAGCCUCCAAGCAGUAGCUCAAGUCAACACAUGACAACAGAAUGGGAUGGAGACUACUUUGGAGGAUCACAAGCAGACAGCCGCUUAGCUCCACUAUCAGAUAGUAACGACACAAUGUCACACUCUCCUGACACUGAUGAUGAUGAUGAUGAUGAAGAACAGUCUGAAGGCCAUAAGCCAUCUCACACUGACAACAAACGCUGGGAAUGUUCUCUGUGUAGGAAAACAUUUGCUUAUAAGUGUGUUUUGAAGCGACACAUGAAAAUACACACUGGAGAGAAACCUUUUUCCUGCUUAGUUUGUGGUAAACGAUUCUCUCAAACGACCCACUUGGCAACACACACAAGGACACACACUGGAGAGAAACCCUUUUCCUGCUCAGUUUGUGGUAAAAGAUUCUCUCAAACAACCCAUUUGACAACACACACAAGAACACACACAGGUGAAAAGGGGUUUUCCUGUUCAGUCUGUGGUCAAAGAUUUACACGAAGAGCCAAUAUGACAGCACACACAAGAACCCACAACCUCUUUGCUCCACUAUCACAUAAUGACGACACAGCAUCACACACUCAUAACAUUAAUGAAGAAGAUGAACUGUCUGAAAGUGAUACGACACGUCACACUGACAACAAAUCCUGGGAGUGUUCUCAGUGUGGGAAAACGUUUCCUUGUAAGAGCAGUUUGACUAAACACACAAGAACACACACUGGGGAGAAACCUUAUAUCUGCUCAGUUUGUGGUAAAAGAUUCUCUCAAACAACCCAUUUGGCUACACACACAAGAACACACACUGGAGAGAAACCUUUUGCCUGCUCAAUUUGUGGUAAAAGAUACUUUCAAGGAAGUCAUUUAACAACACACACAAGAACGCACACUGGAGAAAAACCUUUUGUUUGCUCAGUCUGUGGACUCCGAUUCUCUGAAAAGGGAAACCUAAUAAUACACACAAGAACACACUCUGGUGAGAAAUCUUUUGCCUGUUCAGUUUGUGGUCAAACAUUCUCGAGAAAGGAAAGCUUAAAAACACACACAAGAACCCACACUGGUGAGAAACCUUUCACAUGCUCAGAUUGUGGUAAAAUAUUCUCUCGAAAGGGAAUUUUAAGAAUACACAGAAGAACCCACACUGGGGAAAAACCUUUUACUUGCUCAGUUUGUGGUCAAAGAUUCUCUCAGAAGGGAAGCUUAAAACAACACACUAGAACCCACACUGGUGAAAAGCCUUUUGCCUGUUCAGUUUGUGGUCAAAGAUUCUCUCAGAAGGGUCAGGUUAAGAGACACAAGUGUGCUGGUGAGAAUAGAAGUGGUCAAUUAAGCUUGAAAUGAAAUCUUCAAUAUUGAAAUUAGUUACUAUGAAUCUGAUUUUGAACAAUGUAGCUUCUUGUAUUCUAUGUACCUCCUUAAAAGGGAACUACACACAAGAUGUCAAAACUGUUAUAGUCGGUACGUAAUUCCAAAGGAGACCCGGGAGCUGCCCAGCCAGCUUCAUAAGGAAAAAAUCCUGACUGAAUUCCUUCUUCCCGGUUCUUUUAAUGUUUGACCGGUGAUCUCAUCCCCGAAUAAAA